AUGCGGGAUCAAGUCUUGGGUCUGGAUAAGAAGGUCGCGACGACAGAAAAGAAGGGAGACGUUGAGGUCAAGGCGGAAGAGUCGAAACCAAGGGAGGGAGUACGCAUUGUCGCCAUCGACCUCCAACCUAUGAGCCCACUUGAAGGCGUAACGACUAUGCGCGCCGAUAUAACGCAUCCCUCAACUAUCCCACUGAUGCUCAAGGCCCUCGACCCAGAUACCUAUGACCCCAAUGCAACAACUGGCUCUUCACCCGUCGACCUCGUCAUCUCAGACGGCGCACCUGAUGUAACCGGCCUACACGACUUAGACAUUUACGUACAAAGUCAGCUUCUCUGGGCCGCGCUCAACCUCGCUCUCUGCGUGCUCAAACCCGGGGGCAAAUUUGUUGCCAAGAUCUUCCGGGGCAAAGACGUCGAUCUCCUCUUUGCCCAACUCAAAAUCGUCUUCGAGCGGGUCCGCGUCGCAAAACCAAGAAGUAGUCGCGCAAGCAGCAUCGAAGCCUUUGUCGUAUGUGAGGGUUUCUGCCCACCAAAGGGCUUCACUGCAAGCCUCGAUAAGCCCCUCGGUGCAGGAACUCAACUACCCAGCCCAGAAAAGUCAGAGACUACGAAACUGGAAAAGAAGAUUUUACGACAUGUGAGGGACGACGGCGCCAUCGAAAUAGAUCUUGGUGAUGAAAGCGACGAUGAGGAAGACAUCGAGGAAGGCGGCCAGCGAUGGAUAGCACCAUUCCUUGCUUGUGGUGAUCUUUCGGCUUACGAUUCAGAUGCAACAUAUCAUCUACCCAAAGACAGAGUGAGUCUUGAUCCUGUACAGCCGCCUACCGCACCACCGUACAAGAGGGCGCUGGAGAUGAGGAAGCUGGCUGGAGGAGCAUAUGGCAAGACGAAAGGUAGAGCAGAGCAGACGGUAUCGUAG